AAAAUUGAUGUAUAAUACAACCAAACAAAAACCAGCGGUCCGAUACAAUCCCACAACACGCCCACAAUUCAUCCAACGGAUGAGUCCCAAGUUACACAUGAAUUGUGUUCUACUGUCCGAGCUUUAAUUUUCUCAAUCGAGGGCGGUGGUAUUGGAAAUCAAUUCUAUUGAAAUCGAAAUUCUUGUAUAGGAAAUCAUUGGAAUCAUUUCCAGGUCUAUCGAUAUACCUGAAUAGAAUUAGUGAAUUAUCCAUAAAAAUGAGCAAAGAGGAGGAGGAUAAACGGAAUACGAAUAAUCCAUUCCAACAACCAAAUAGAGGUUAUCAAGGUAAAGAGGAGGAGGAAGAGAUGAGGCUAUUUGGAGUUCUAAUGUUUGGGUUAAUUGGAGCUACUGCAACUACCUUAGCCGUUACCAAAUUCAGAAGGACAGUUGACUGGGUAUACUCACAGUUGAGCAGGUCUAGAUCAUCAUGGAAUGGUUCAAAUGGUGGUUCAUUUCGGACAAGUUUUCAGGAGGAAGCAUGGAGAAGAUAUAAUCGCCGAAUGCGGGAAGAGUAUGAAGAAGAGAUGGAAAGAGUGGAGCGAAUUCGUCGAAUGCAAAGCGUAUUCAACAGAGAGAGAAACAAACACCAAAGGAAAUAUGAGAGCUGGGCAGAACAUGGUUCAGGUGCGUAUCAUCAACAUUUUCAAAGGAAUGAUUGGUACUGGAAGGCAGAUACAUCACACAGAGAUCGGGCUGAUAAUUUUAGGGAAACUGGUCGUAACAAUGCAAUUGCCCCGUUGUCGCAUCACUACUCGAUCCUUGGUCUUGACAGGAUGAGAACAAAACCAUACACGGACAACGAGAUAAAGUCGGCCUUCAGGGAAAAGGCGAAGAAGCUUCACCCUGAUCAGAAUCAGAAUAACAAAGAGGUUGCUGAAGCAAAAUUUAAGGAAGUUCUGGUGUCUUACGAGGCUAUUAAAUCAGAACGGAAGAACAAUAGAAAACAAUAGGAGAGCUACAUCAGAGGUUGAACACUCAAUGAUGGUGUCAUAUGGUCUCCAGCAUUAACAAGAGACAUCAACACGAUAUUCUGGGAAUACCAUACAUGUUUAUAGCUUUUCGUGUUGUAAAGGACAGCAACGACGAAAGAAACUGGCAGAAAUUUUCAGCUUAGAGCUGCAGGUGUAUUUAUAGUUUGUAGGGCUAUUCAAAUGGGAAAGAGACCUUAUCUUCCAGGUUGCGUAAGUCGAUUUAUAUUGUUUUACAAUAAUAGAAUUUUGUUAACGUUAAUAUGCCUUGCACAAAAUCGUCAUGAGGAAAUUGUUGAUGAAAUUAUGAAAGGUUAAUGUGAUCAAAUAUCAUGAUAAAUAAUAGAAUAAUCCUAUUCAUUGUUA